GAGCUAAUAUCCAUCCCUUCAGAACAACUGGCCUCGCCUUAUGUAACAGAUUCUUCCAAUGGUGUCGCCAAUCUCUCCUCCACCUUCCCUUGGACCCCUCAAAGGCAUUCUCAUGAAGUUUCUUGCCAAAGUUCCUCUUUGGAAUCAAAUGUCAUCUUCAACAACACAGCGCCCUUUUCAAGUGAGGCUAGAGGCUCGCCUGUGGAUCAUCACCCGAUUAAUUAUGAUAGCAGCGUAGUUCUCGGAAUUCCACAUGCUGGCACAUCUCCAACCUAUAUUUCAUCUCUUCCUCGCUCCUACUCUCCUUAUUUUCGAGGAGAAUGGCCAUUUGGAUAUCCUAAGAUGCGUGCUGUUUUUGAUAUGUAUGGCCAAACAAAAUCGAUCCGCUUGAUACCAACCCUGCAGCGAGCCUAUCUUUUUAUUCUUCUUUUGAAACCAAUGCGUAAAUUCGCAAAACUUGACGUGCAGUCUCCAGUCCCAAAUCUGAAGCGCCUUUGCUCAUGUACGAUACUUAGCCAUAUUGUUCUUCAUAGUCAACUUUUCUACGUUAGCAACGCUACCUCUACUUCAUCCACUGCAAAUUCCACAAAUCCUGCUUAUUGGCGGCGGUCGCAGACGUCUCCCUGCUGCCCUCUUGAGAUCGGGCCCAACUUGCCUGAUUUGAAUUCAUCAACACUUGAUUCGACUAACCUUACAGAUACCUCCAUUCCUCCUCCUGACAGUGCACAGUCCAUAUGUCCCCCUUUUUCCGCUAAUGGCAGUUCUUCACUGAUCUCCACUUGCACUAUUGAUACUACUAACAUGAAUUGUUCUCCUAAUACUGAGAUUACGACCUCUCUGCUUUCCAAGAUUUCUGCUAAUUUUAGUUCCCAUGAACGAAACACAUGUGAUUCCAAUUAUCCCACAGCAUCUUUUUCGGCUUCUGAGCGAACUUGUUCCGUCUCUUCUCCAUCUUCCUGCCUUUCUCCAUCGACUCAAUCUUUCUUUUCUUUGACUCCAACCAGGUUUAAUACUCAAAUUACAGGCUUGCUUGUCAACAGGACUCCCCCAAAUGAGUUGGAUAGCAAUCCAUCUGAUUGCUUAAUGCCACCUCUCGUACAUAGAAAAGUACGACCAUGCACGCGAAUGCCAGCCCAUAUACAGUCCCAAACCAACAGUAACAUAGCCUCGACUGAACUCUCCGCUUCGGGCACUUCUAAUCCAUGUCCUUUACUGCCAUACAUGCUAACCCCAUGCUGUCCUAUUUCACGGCAGACUUCGCUUGUUUCUCUUCGACCUAAUGGUAUUGGAAACUCUACUAGCUCUUCUUCAUUUUCAUGCUCUACCUUAAAAAAUAAUGUUGCUGCUUUUGAAGAUGAUGGAGGCAUUAUUAGUGAAUUGGAGAACAACGGCAAACCUGUCUUCACUUGUUGGGCCCAGCUACUCUGCAACUUAAUUAACCAAUUACCUUUACCAAGAGCCGAAUGCAAGAGACUCCAGCGAGACGCUUGUGCCUUUGCCAUGAAGGAGGAGGGUUUUGUUUCUUGA